AUUAUAUAUUUUUUUAUAAACUUGAUCAGAAAAAACUUAAAACAACUUAUAAUAUAAAACGGAGGAUAUAACUCAUUAACUCUUGCAUCUCUUGCUUAGAUCCAGGUUCCAAUAAAUUGAGAACAAGGACUUUGUAAAUUCAAACCUUAAUGCAACUUAUAUAGAAACCCCACAAUAUCAGUUUUAAUCCAACUUAAUACUACAACAAGGUUAGUUUUAAAUUACUUUAUUUACUAAGUUAAAAAUGUCUUAAUCAUUAAUUAUAGAAACUCGUUUAGUUUAACAACAUGUGAAUAAUAUUGAAUUCGUUCAAAUUAUCAUUUAAUACCGCACAGAAACAAAACAAAAAAGUCACAUGAAAGGAAUACCAAAUAUGCUCAUCAUAUCAUUUCUGAAUAACAUUGAAACAAAAUUAUAUGAUGAUUAUUUGUGAACAGGGUUUAUUUUUUGGUUUGGCCAAUUAUAUCAAAGGCCACUAAUAUACCGAAAUUUUGGACCGAAAUUUCAGAAAUUUUGAACUAAUUUUUUUCAAAUUUGAACAAAAUAUUACCAAAUUUAAAAAAAUAAAAAUUUCAGCCGAAAUAAUAUCAUAUCGGGGGAGGGGAGGUUUCGGAUAUUCCGGAAUUUCUAACCCUGUUUAAUCACUAAUGCACGAUCGUUAAUUUGAUGGUUUGUAUUAUCAUGAACGUAUCGUGUUGAGGGUACGUGGUAAAUAAAUCAUGCAAUUAUCAUGAAAAUAGCAUACCCGUCUCGGACUCUUAAUUUUGUGUUUUAUUAAUUUAAUUUAAAAACCAAAAUUUGUAAUUAAUAAAUUAUAAUUGAUGUGAGACUCUUCUUUUAAUAUAAGCAGUUAGUGACCACGUGUUUAGCGUAAUACUCCUAGAAUUUUAAUAUUCAAUAAUGAAAUUUGCUCCUGUCCAGUAAAAAAUACCUCGAGGUACUGGUAUCUUACGGUACCAAAUCGUUUCCGACCAUUGGAUCUAGCUAAAUAGGAUGGACAUUGUUAGAUCUAACGACCGGAAACGAUUUGAUACCGUGAGGUACCGAUACCUCGAGGAAUUUUUUAUUGGACCGGAACAAAUAUCUUUAAUAAUAGCUACAAAAUGGAUAUUAAAUAGGUAGUACAUGACUAUGGUGUCCAGAACGCAUCUGCUUUCUUUCAUUCCUCUCCUUCCAUAUUAGCCAUGACGCUAAGAUGACUCCCGAAUCAAACGUGACAUGCCAGUAAAAAUUAAUUCCAACUUCUGAACACAACCUAUGAAAUAAAGCUUAACAAAGUUGAUAGUGCUCGCACGAUAAAAUUAGGCAAAAUUUAUUACAUGACGCUAAAAGUUUAUGACAUUUGUUGUGAGACAAAAAAAACAUGUAUCUUCUCAUGAACAACGCAAAAAUAUGGCAAUUAGCUGCUAGACACCUAAGGUAUUAUUUUAUUAUUUCCGAUGAAAAUAGAGAUAAAAUGUUGAAAGUACCAAAAUACCCCUGGACACUGUUUCAGCUCUCUUUUCUCUUCUCUUCUCUUUCUUCUCUUCUCUUUUCUUCUCUUCUCUUCUUCAGCGAGUGAGUGCGGCAGAGGGGUAGACGUCGGGCGGGACGGCGACCGGCGAAGCGACUGGCGGGAGAAGUAGGCAGGGAGCGAAGCGGCGGCAAGAGAUGAUGGUUCUUGACCGGUGGUGGUUCUCCUCACCGUCCGCGGGCCGUAGCUCUGCCUCUGCAACUAGGCCCCUGGCCUCGUUGGCAAUCGCUCGGCGCCGGUGCGGCCUCAUGUUGUCUCCUCUCCGUGCACGUGGACGUGACCGCCGCCAUGGCCAUGGCCAUGUGGCCAGGUUUGUAGCCUGUGCUUUGGGGGCAGGCGGUGAGGAGGCUAGGGAGCCAUCGGAGGACAAGGUGCAGAUGGAGUGGGAAAGCGAUGGCGCGGCAGCUCAAGGAGGCCGAGGAGAUGGAGGUGCUUGAGCGCAUGGCCAAGGAGUUGCAAAGCCAGGUUGCCGCUGAGGCCCCCGAUGAAUCCAAGGAGGAGAAGCGCGAGCGCGUCCACCAUGAACUCCAAAAGCUUUGUCGGCCUACGUCCGCCAUUGCAGCGUCGAUCAAGGAGAAAGUUUAACCAAGAGCAAACAAGUCUUUCAUGAGUGUUCCUCUCUCCGAUUCCUCCGGAAAUAAUAAAAUAAGGUUGUGAGUGUCCGACAGUUAAUUACCUAUUUUUUUUGCCCGACAACAAAUUCGUGUUCUUGCGCUAUCUAUCAGCUAAAUACACGUUUUUUGGAUGUCCUAGAGUAAAUUUUGGCAUAAAAUUAUAUACUAGACUGUCUGGAGAGUGCACGGAUUGUACCUCUCCCUGAUCAUGCACGACAACGCCAGAGGUGAAUAUGCGCCUGUAAUUUGGUCAAUGAUGGCAACAAUACAAACCACAGAUUAUCUGACAAAACACAGAGUAGCUACCCAUCGAUCAAUCCUGAAAUGGCCUUUGAUGAUGCUGCCUCAUUCAACAUGACAGCAAUUGCCAACACACUGACAAUUGAAAGGGAUAAGGCAAAUCAUGAAGCUCGUGCCAGUAUAUCAAGUAGUCAAAACUUGCUUAAUUUGUGGCCAAAGAUUUCUUAGCCACAUAAAUCAUGACAUAUACCACAGCUUAGAUAUCAAAAUUUGACAAAGUGAAACAAACAAUCUAGUCAUGCCAUGCGUUUAUGUUCCUCAGUUAAUACUGUGUUGCAAGCCUGAGAAGGACCCGCGCGUGCCCGUCCAUUGUGAUCCGAUGGAAUCAAUUAUUGGAGUAGAUAUUGCCUCAACCAGUGACACAACGACGAUGGCCAUUGUUUAAAAGAUCAUCUAUUGCUUUCAAUCCGGCCAUUAAUCGUUUAACUUUGAUGGUCAUGUCCAAGUAUUUAGGGGUGGGGUUCCCUGUUGUUUUUGUCGUGGCUAGCUGGGUGUGUCAGAGAAGUCUGGACUUUGUUUUUUUCUCCUCUGGUUCGCUGGCGUCCCUAACCGUAAACUCUGUCUCUGUGGCUUUCGAUUAAAAGACGGGUCACUGAUCUUUAGUCUAAGAAAGUGUUUAGGGGUGGGCGCUGGAUAAGACCGAAAAAUUUGAUCUCGGACUUCGAUCUUUUAGAAAUUUCGGUCAUCUAAAAUUAGAAACCGAUUGAUCUUGAAAAAUAAUGAAGGCAGAAAAAUUCGGUUUCUUUUUCUCGAACGUGCAAAAAGAUUGCAAGUCAAUAUAUUAGAAGAAAAGAAUAUUUGUUACACAACGCAUUAAGCCAGACCGACUUAUGCCAAAAGAUGAGGGAAACAAAAGACCAAGGAAAAAAGACUCAGAUACUACGACUCUAAACAGCGGGAAGGGGGCAGAGCCCACUACUCUCCCAAUAAAACCCCAAAAUUAGCAAUGUCAGCUAACGACCAAAGAUGGCCCUCUGAGAGGAUGAACUGUAGGACCUCCGAGACCAAAGAUAACGCAGAGUCGAAAACCCUGGAGUUCCGUUCCUCCCACAGUUGCUAGGAGACUAGGACGAUCAGAGAUUCGAAGCCGGGACGGAGAUGCUCAGGCAAGCAUGCCCUAGACGAAGGCCACCAAUCCUGGAGGCAGCUACCACGGGAGGGAGAGAGGGUAGCCCAACCAAGAGGCGACAACACACGGAGCCAGACCUGCCAAGCAAACACGCGAUCGAGGAGGAUGUGGUUCACCGUCUCAAGCUCUUGAGCGCAACAAAGGUAGACCGAGUGACUAUCAAUGCCACGCUUCUAGAGGAGAUCGGCCGUCCAGCAGUGUCGCUGAAAUGCAAACCAGAGGAAGAACUUACAUUUAGCAGGACCUUUCGUGUGCCAGAGAAGAUCAGCACAAGCAAAGAAGUGCUGGCCAUAAAAGCACAUCUAGUACCCCGAAGGCGCUGAGUAACACUGGUCACGAUCAUGACCGAAAUUUUAGGUCUAAAUUAAAAUAAUCAAGCCAAGUCUCUAAUAAGACCUAGAUAAAAAAAUAUACACAUAAAAAUCACAAAUCGACUCUCUUCACUAUUAUGGUCACAAAUCAAAACAUGUUGAAGGCUUAAAUUGGGUCCAAAUUCGAUUUAAUUAGAUUGUUAAACCUUAAUUGAUCUAUAGGACCAAAAUUCAAUUUAUUCGAUAUGUUAAGUUAACCAAAUAUGCUAACCAAACUAACCGAACAAAAUUUGGUCAUUCAACACUUGAGAUUGAACUAGUGACCGAAUUUCGCGGUCUCGGUGCCGGUCUUUUUCUGCCCACCUAAGUGUCGCACGGCCACUUAACUUCUUCCUCUCGUGUGAAUGGUAAUAUCAGAUGGAUGCUCAGUUGGUCUAACAAUCAGCUUGUUUCGUGAAAUCAUGUCACAUCAUGCAAGCUUUUGUAAUCCGAUCUGAUCAAGCUUAAAAGAAUUAAUUUGGAAAAAAGUGAGAGAAUCUUAUAAUACAAAACGAAUAAAACGAAGUGAGUACAUCACUAGCUUUCGAUGCUCUAAACAAUGAACCUUUUAUCACCAUCCAUCGUAAUCGCGACGCGUGCGAGCGUGCGCACCAUAUGUAGAUCGAUUGUAUAUAUCCGUAGCUAGCGUCAUCACCGUCGUUGUAUCCAAAUUAAGCUCGCGCCGUGGAAGCUAGCUACCCACUUGAGGCCACUUCUGUCUUCUGCUACCCUCCAAAGCUGGAGUCCUAGCUAGGCAGACGGCAGCAAGCCUGCCCCGCGCUCGAGCUGUGAUCCGCACGCAACACGCGCGCGGCAUAGGUACCGCGGCUAGCUUGCACGCGUGGACAUGGACGUGGAGGCGACCUGCAAGGACGUGGUCCACGAGCAGGCGGCGCCGGGGCGUGGCAGGGCGGCGCGGUGGCUCCUCGUGGCGCUCAACUGCGGGAUGCUGAUGGUCGGCACCACGGGCGGGCCGCUCAUUAGCCGGCUCUACUUCAGCAAGGGCGGCCACAGGCAGUGGCUCUCGGCGUGGCUCGAGACCGCCGGGUGGCCGCUGCUGCUGGUGCCCGUGUCGGCGUCCUACCUCGGCCGCCGCGCGCGCGACCGCGGCGCGCCGCUGUUCCUCACGCCGCGGCGCGUGCUGCUGGCGUGCGUGGGGCUCGGCGUCCUCACCGGCGCCGACGACUUUAUAUACGCCUACGGCUUGGACUACCUGCCGGUGUCCACAUCCGCCAUCCUCACCUCCACGCACCUCGCGUUCACCGUCUUCUUCGCGUGCCUCAUCGUGCGGCAGCGGCUCACCGCGGCGACGCUGAACGCCGUGGCGCUGCUCACGAUCGGCGCCGUCGUGCUGGGCCUGCACGUGUCCAAGGACCGCCCCGCUGGGGUGACCAAUGGGAAGUACUGGAUGGGCUUCUUCCUUAUCAUCGGCGCCGCCGCGCUGUACGGGCUCAUCCUGCCGCUCGUUGAGCUCGCCUACAAGCACGUCGCGGCCCGCGGCCGCGCCGUCACGUACGCGCUGGUGAUGGAGAUGCAGCUGGUCAUGGGCUUCUUCGCCACCGCGUUCUGCACCGUCGGCAUGGUCGUCAACAAGGACUUCCAGGCGAUCCCGAGGGAGGCGAAGCAGUACGAGCUGGGUGAAGCGCGGUACUACGUGGUGCUGGUGUUCAACGCCGUCCUGUGGGAGUUCUUCUUCGUGGGCGCCGUCGGCGUCAUCUUCUGCGUGCACACGCUGCUCGCCGGGAUCAUCAUCGCCGUGUUCAUCCCGAUCACGGAGGUGCUGGGCGUCAUCUUCCUCCACGAGAAGUUCAGCAGCGAGAAGGGCGUGGCGCUCGUGCUCUCGCUCUGGGGCCUCGCCUCCUACUCCUACGGCGAGUACGCCGACGCCAAGGCCAAGAAGAAAGCGGCUUUGGAAGCUGAAGAAGCCUCAUGAAUCCGUGUGUAUAUAUUGCUUACUUUGCUUUUGUUGUGCCAGUGGCCACGGAUUUAUUAGUUUUUAUAGGCCAUAAAGUGAGCUGCAUCUGCAGCAGUUCAACUGCUCGUGGAGCAAAAUAGCAGACUGUGUGCACAUUGCACUAUUUGUGUACUGUAUGUGAUCGAGGCUGUUUUUGUGGGUCGGCGAAAACAAGCUACUUCACUGUAUCUGUAAUGACUGAGUACGGUGCAAUGUUUGUUCUUGUACUCACUUUUUGUUCUUAUUAAUCUGGUCAUGCAUGUCCAUGACCAAUCUACCAUUUUGUGUACUGUGUACUCUAGUGAAUGUGGACAUCUGGACUACAUGCAAGCCUAUAUUGUGACCUGUUGGAAUUA